CCAAGAAAAACCCUUGAUUCCAAAAACUCCCCAUUUCUGAACACAAUUUCCCUUUCUUUCUUUCUUCUUCUGAACAAUCAAAACCACUAUUUUUCUACUUCUGAACAUAGUUUCUCUUUUUACACAUCCAGAAAAAAGUAGGGAAAACAACCCCAAAUUUCGAUCAAGAUGAAAUCAAUUACCUCACCACAGAAUUUGCUUCUUUUUCUUCUUCUUCUUCUUUCAGAUUUACUUUUAUUGCUUUACUCGGUUAUAAUUCGGAAAAGGUCUAAAAACUCAAUCAAUCAGAAGAGAAUUGGAAGAAGAAAAGACUGACGUACUGAAGAAAAAGAAUAAUCGAAGAAGAGAAAGAGAAUUCUAAGAGGAAUCGGAUAGGUGAUCUAAUUGAAAGCAUUAAUUCAGUGGAAAUCAAUUCCAAUCCCUUCCCAAGGAAAUUUUCAAACGCGUCUCAGGAUGGACUUAAAGCAAAAAACGUUCUUGUCGGGUAAAAGAAAAGUUCUGGAUGAGGAUAAACAGAUGGGUUCUGGGUCUGAUUCCUCGCCGCAUAACCCUUGUUCACAUGCUGGCCCAUUUAGACCCUCUUCACGUGCCGGUUCAAUAAUCAUGCAUUUACCAGAAAUUUCUCAGAUUGGGAGCUUUUCUCUUGCUCACAGCCCACUCAGUGCUGCGAAUAAAAAAUCAAGUUUCUCUCAAUACAGACCAUGUCCACAUGCCGGUGCAGGAAGCAUGCCUCUAGCAGAACUUGCGAGCUCUUCUCUAGCUCAAAAGCAACCCACUGGCGAUAGGGCCCUCAUUGAUCUCGUCGAUCGUGCGUUCCGUCGAUCCAAGAUAGUUUUACAUAAGCUUUAUGAGGCGGCGCAAGGAAUAAAGUUUCCGUUCGAGUUUGCCGAUAGUCUAGGAGAUGACCAUGUCAUACUAUUUAGAGACUAUUGUGGGGAGAGGAUUUGUGCAACCGUACGCCAUGAAGUUGACGAGCAAGAAAUGGAUACCAAGGGAAGACAAAUUCUGCUCGACGUAAGUGUCGCCAAGCCUACCGGUCAGACCCUUCUAUUUGGUCUCAAGGCUAAUGAGAAAGACGGGAUAAGCAUUAUGUGUAUGGGAUUUGAGAGUCGUAAAGGUCCUGAUGAAUACAAGAAGGCCAGGCCAAAUUUCUGCGACUUGGAUGCGAACCUGCAAAAGGCUAUGCAUGGGUAUCUAGAAGCCAGGGGGUUUGUCCCCAUGACCAUUACGAUUAUUUGUGAUUACCUGCAUGCAAGAGAGGUGAAAAAGAGCACUAUGUUUUUGAAAGGUUUGAAGUCCUUCUUUUCUGCCUAACUUGAAAGAAGCAAAUUUUGAAGAAGUAGAAGCUGGCAGUUUUGAAAAGAGAAGAUAUUGGUGAUUUGUGUAAAGAAGAUAGAGAUUUACAAGUGUGAUAAUAGUUAGAGAUUUAAAAGAGAGCAAGGAACUUAAAAGAUUUGCAGAAUGACUCUGGUCUCUUGUUUUUAUAGGAUGAAUGAAUGAAUGAAUGUUAUGGAACCUCACAAGUGGUAUGUAUUUACUGAUGGAAACUUCAUUUUGUGGUC